AUGGACCGUCCGCCGGGCCGCCGGCGGCUCCUGCCCUUCCUGUCCUCGGCCGGCUGCCCGUCAGCGCCGCGCGGGGGUCCGGGGCGCGGGGCUGCGGCGGCCCUGGGCGGCGCGUCACGCGCGUCCUCGCUGCUGCUCCUCCUGCUCGUGCCGCCCCCGCGCCUGGCCGCCGUCGCCCCGCGCAGGCCCCCCGCCGACCCCGAGCGCCCGCGCCUGGCGCCCCGCGCGCCCCCGGCGGGCCUCGCCCCGGGCGUCGCCUGGGCUGCCGGCGCCCUCCGCCUGUGUCGCCGCCGGGCGGCCGCCCUCGCUCCCCCGCGGAGAGAGCUAAGCCUUUCUGCUGGGAGCCUGCAGCUGGAGCACAGAAGAGAUUUGGAGCACAAGAAGAGAGAUUUCACCUCCUGCGGGAACAAGAAGCUCUACUUUGACACUCAUGCCUUAGUUUGUUUAUUGGAAGAAAAUGGGUUCACUACUCAGCAAGCAGAAAUCACUGUCUCUGCAUUGGUCAAGAUCACGGAUGCCAACAUGGAUAUCGUCUACAAGGAUAUGGUCACCAAAAUGCAGCAGGAGGUCACUGUUCAGCAAAUAAUGUCUCAGAUUGCUAAUGUGAAAAAAGAUAUGAUUAUUUUGGAGAAGAGCGAAUUUUCAGCCCUCAGAGCAGAAAAUGAGAAGAUAAACGUGGAACUACAUCGAUUAAAACAACAAAUAAUGGAUGAAGUGAUCAAAGUCCGAACAGAUACCAAGUUAGACUUCAAUCUAGAAAAGAGCAGAGUGAAGGAAUUGUACUCAUUGAAUGAAAGGAAGCUGCUGGAAAUGAGGACAGAAAUGGUGGCAUUGCAUGCCCAGCAAGAUCGGGCGGUCACCCAAACAGACAGGAAGAUAGACACUGAGGUUGCUGGCCUCAAAACCAUGCUGGAGUCACACAAGCUUGAUAACAUUAAAUAUUUAGCAGGGUCUGUAUUCACGUGCCUAACAGUAGCUCUGGGAUUUUACCGCCUGUGGAUAUAAUAAAGUGUCUUUUUAAAGAGAUCCCAAUUGUUUUGCCUUAAGAAUACCAGAUUGCUGUGCCUUUUCUCCCCACCCCCCACCAUUUCCACAUUUUAACCCUCGUUUUGAUUUAUUGUAUAUUAUCUAUUUUAUGCAGAUUAUGGACAUAUAACCAAUGAACGAAUUCAUAAUGGUUCCUUUCGUCUUUUUUGUUUAGUUGCCUUUGUAACAAUGAGUGGUGGACAAAGCACGAAGACCCCACUCAGCUGGACCAGUGAACUUGCCAACAGUAAAUAUUAUGACUCUCUACAAUUUUAAAUCUUCUGUCACAUAGAGGAUUGAGGGGGGCGUCUCCACCUAAAAGGCACAUCUGGUUUCACUAAGUACUAAAGAAUCACCCAAACUAAACCAAGAGCACCGAACCCUCUGUACCUAGUAACCCCGUCCUUCCCUGCAGCCAGUCAGGUGUAGUAAUGAUUCACCUGUACUAUCCCCUAAAGGAAUUUUUUUCUUUGAAUUUCCAUUGUCUUAGUAAGUUAUUGUCUUGGUUAUUUUUCAUAUGUCUCUCAGCUAGAAAGUUUUAUUGCCUAAUGAAGUUUUAUAAUUAUGAUAGGGAAUCUUUCUCUCCCAUCCUCUCCCCAUGGCCUAAGAACUAUAUCAAUACUCCACUUCUGGCAUUGCCUACCCAGAAAACUUGAUAAUUUUCAGCAUGGAUGUCCCAGUUUGUGAGACAAGUUCUCUUUCCUGCUGGUCUUCAUCUGCUUUGUAUACAAGAGAGGCACUCAGUUUUCCUUCUGUAGCAAUAUCUAGAUAUUCAGAUAGCAUCUGCACUUCUUAGAAAGUCUUUAAUGAAUAUGCCUUUGCCAAUUACAAGCUCAGAUUGUAGGCUUUAAAAUUAGAGAGCUGUCAUGCCACGUAUUAUCCUAAUCAAAUUUGAUUCCUUUGGUUGGUAAAGACACUCUCAUGCCUACCUUCUAUUUUUUAAAACAAAUCUCUAGAUACAGCCGGGGUUCUUUUAGGGAAGCACAUUCUCAUGUUAUUUGAAUGGCCUGGGAGAGAAUAGCACUUUAAAAACAAGGACAUCGAGAGCACGUUUGUCUUUCUCUACAUACACACGUGCGCAAAAUCUGGUACAAUGGGGAACCACAGACAUGCCUGUUGAUGGAACUGUGGAAUAAAUCACCCAUUGUCACUGUUCUGACUGCAUUGCAAGAAAGUUACCUUUGUCCUUUGGAUGUCAAACUUUAGAAAAUGUAAGUCAUUGCCUUUUUUAAAACAUAUGUUUAGCACGAAGCUGCUGAACUCCAGAUGAGCCUGAAAAUCAAGUAUUUUGGCAUUCGUAGUAUCAGUUUCAAAGUGAAUAAUGAUUUGAUUGUUUUCAACUUGGUCCAAGAUUAUAUCAACUGCUUCAUAAAAUACUGUAGCAAUAUGUGCUUCCCCUUUCAGAGAAGUCCCAGAAAAUACUGCACAUUUAGCAGUUGCCUUAAGUAUUAACAGAUUUUAGCGAGUAACAUCCCAUUAAGACCACAUUUACAUUUGCAACUACUUGAUAGAGUUAUAACUAUGGUAAGAGUUUGGAGAAAGAGCCUGGAGCACAGACAUUCUUCCAAAAUUAACAGAAUCCCCAAGAGGAAAAAGUGCUGUAUGCAAUUAUGUCUCAAAGUAAACACUGAUUUGUAUAGCUUAAAAACAAGCAAAGUGACCUUAUUUCCCGGUAAAAUAUUUUUUGAAUGACAUUUGGUGGGGUGAUACUCUUUCAUCUGCCAAAAGUAUUCCAAAUGACAGUCCUACUGGUUUAUGGUGUGCUGCACCAGUCACUGAAUUUGGGCCUUGAAUUUUACUGUGUACAGAACAGCCUCGGGAAAAAAUGAACUCAAUUUUGGUGGCUCAGAUUGCAUGCAUAUAUGGAAGUCAGGGGGUUUGGGACUGUGUUCCCAUUGUUUGGCCAAAUGCAUACUAUUUGAAAAGCAUGAGCCAGAAAUAGAAGCAUACCUUUCCCACUGCUAGCUGGCCUAGACUUCUGGGGGGAGCACAAGCAUGCUGGGACUGGACACAGUGGGACAACUUCCUGAACUAGCCUGGCUCGGGAUUGCCAUCGCUUUGGGAUUUAGGCCUUAGCCUAAUUUCAGGAGAUGCCUAGUACGACUUGCAGAUAACCCGUGUGUACCACCUGGGAAAUCAACCAGAGCCAGAUACUGCGAACAUACCCCUGUAGGCACAGGUGCCUUAGCUACAAACGCCCAAAGCAGAACAUCAGAUGGAUAGGAUCUGUAUUUCAUUUCCAUUCUGAGGGGUUCCUCUACAUUCCUACUUUCUUCUCUCUCCUUUUCUUGUUUAAAAAGCCCAAACUCUAAUUCUACUCCUUUCCUGUUCCUUUAAUAAGCAAAACCUGUCUGCCUAUACAUUUCUUUACAGGAAACAGGAUUUUGAUUUUUCUGGGCUGUUCUUACUCCUUCAGCUGGUUUUUUAGCUUAAUAUCUAACAAAACUAAAUCUGAGUUGUAUUCAUUUUUUCCCUUAAGUAUGCCAAGUACCUCAGUUGAGAAGUCAAGUUCAAGAAGAAAGGCUUGACUCAAACCAGACAUCUUGCUGGAAUUUGUCUCGGAACACUCUAAAAAUAAAAAUCCUGAGCCACAGAGAACAUGUCCCUGCCUGGGUUGUCCCCAGCUCAGCUCGUGCUUUUACCUCUGUAGCUGCAUUUAGUGACAUGAGCUCCCCUCUCGUGUUCCAGCCUUCUCCGUCGCUGCCUCUGCCUGUUAAUUAACCAUGUCAGCAUGGGCGAGCGUUUCUCUUCCCCCACCCUGCAAAGCUAUGUUGAUACUGUUGGCAUCAUUUCCAAACAAGUAUCACAUAAAUGGUAACUACAGUAGAAUUCAUGCCUAGGAAACAUUGGCUUUAACCAUACGUUUAUCAAAUUUGUGGCUUUUCUGACACUAAAGCAACAGCAUGUUAAGCACGAUUUAUUCUUGAUGUAUUCUUUAUGCUUGAGAAUGUUUAGCCUUUCACUGAAAUUUUAUUUGGAAAAUAUCUUUACAGAUUUACACUUAUGUUCUUCCGAUUAUAACCCAAAUGAUUUAUUAACCCUUUUAUCACAUAAGCAAAUAUUCAGUUCCAUUUUGUUGUAUAAUACAGUAGGCAUAAUAUUUUUAUUAUCUAAAAUAUUUAAUUAUUUCUGUGUGACUACUACACUUUUCAUUCAAAUUAUUCAAUGAGUAGGCAAAUCUAGAACAACUUGUGCCUGCACUGUGUUUUAAUGUUACUCCCUCCAUUGUGUAUGAUAACACUGGUGUAUUAUAAGAAAACCUUAAAAAUUGGGUUUGUAUAGACAACUUUGAAAGUGCUUACUUAUAAAAUAAACUUUUUAUUCAAAAGAA